AUGUCUUCAACCAGUAACUCGAUGACAAACGCAAAGCCAACAUUUUCACAAGACGAUGAGGUCGACUCAGUCAGGUCGGUGACCCAUGACGAUGAGCACGUAUACUUGGGUAACAAGAAAUAUAAAAAGUCCGAAUUGCAACAGGCCUUCGGUGGUACCUUGGUCUCUGAACGUUACGCAGAGUAUCCUAAACACCAAUUUGCCAACGCUGCUGCGUUAGGUUUAUCAUCUUUCGCCUUGACAACAUUUGUCUUGGGAUUGUACUAUGCUGGUGCCAAAGGUAUAUCAACACCAAACGUGGUUGUCAGUUUAACCUUUUUCUAUGGAGGUGUGGUUCAAUUUCUUGCUGGAGUGUGGGAAAUAGCCAUCGGAAACUGCUUUGCUGGAACAGCCUUGGCUAGCUAUGGGCCUUUCUGGUUUGGCUUUGGCUGUAUCUACGUCCCUGCAUUCGGUAUUGCUGAUGCCUAUGCCGAUUAUCCAGAACAAUUGUCAAAUGCCGUUGGAUUCUACCUUGUAGGAUGGGCAAUUUUCACCUUCAUGUUGUUAACAUUAACCCUCAAGACUACCCUCGCGUUCUUCGGCUUGUUCUUCACCUUGGACUUGACGUUCAUCAUCUUAGCAGCUGCUAACUUCACUGGGAACGCCAAAUGUGUCCAAGCUGGAGGUAUCAUGGCGAUAAUAUCUGCAUCCUGUGGAUGGUAUUGUGCCUUUGCCGGUGUAGCAAACAAGCAAAACUCGUACUUCACUGCUAAUCCUAUAGUAUUACCAGUGUUUGGGGAAAAAUAG